UAUUUUCGUGGACAGAUUUUGGGCGGAGUAAACCAUCUUGCUUCGCCUCUUACUCUCUGGUUGAGUUUAUGUUUGGUUUACCUUGUCUCGCAGGUAAAAAUAAAUAAAUGCUGUAGCAGGAAUUUGGGAAACGAAAUUAUACCGCGUGUGUUUUGUGGGCAAUUUAAUUUAAAAAGAAAAGUAUAAUACAAAUGCUCUUGCUCUUUGAGGAAUAUAACUUUACGGAAGAAAACUCGGUGGAAAGACCCGUGAUCACUCUUCCCAUGCCGCCCUGGCUCUAGUUAACUACCAUGCCCAGCAGCAGCACAGGGAGCCCCAGACCCUGGUCCGAGCCAGGGGGCCAGAAAGGCCUCGUCCCUCUGCGACCCAAACAUCACCUCUCCCGGGGCAACAGCACCAGCCUGGAGUCCUGCUAUGAGGAGCGAUGUGUGGACCCGGUGGAGGACAGGCACCAGGGGCCAAAGGUGACAUACCACAAGGCCAACCGCAGGGACGCGCAGAGAAGGGAGGCAGAGGAGACCAUUGGCUUCAUCCCCGGAUCUGGAGACUCUCCUUCAGGGGGUCAGGGGUGUGGUCCCUGUGCCCACUCCUCCCCAGGAAGCUGUAAGAGCUGGGUGUGCAGUGUGCUGACCUGUGGACUCUACAGGGUGUGUCGGAGCACCAUCCUGGCCCCUAGUCCCAGAGAGAGCUCCCCAGAUGACGAUCGGGAGAAGGUCAGCCUCCGUGGUCGCCAGGGCCACCUUAGGACCAACGACCCCCAAACCAGUAAGGAGAGUGGUGGUGGUGACUCUGAUUGGUCGGAGGACGUCUACAUCAGAGGGGUCAAAGUGCACAUUUCCACAAUGGAGAAGGAGCUGGUGGUCGUUACCAGGCCUCCGUUACACAAUGGAGGAGGUGGAGGAGGAGGGAGACGGUACAGCCCUCCCUCCUACUCCUGGAACGAGGGGGAUAUGGGUGAUCUGAGUGUGGGUGACGUGGACUCUCUGAUCACCCAAAAGCUUCUGGAGCUGUACUCUGAGUACCAGAUCGAGGAGCUGGCCCACUGCACCUCAGACUCAGUGUUCCUGAAGAAGACCAGUGAAAUCAGCCAGCUUAUCAGUGACCUGGCCGAAGAGCAUCGGCUUGAUGAGCAGGAUGCAGAGUGUCGACUGGUCAAGGGCAUCAUCAGGAUCAGCACCAGGAAGAGCAAGAAGAGACCUCAGUGCAAAAAAUCACAGAGGAGAACAUCCGACAGUGGUAACGAAACCAUGAGCAACUAUCAAGCAUCAACCAUCAGCAAUAACAAUGAUUAUUGUAUCCAGAUAUCCAAGGAGACAGAUUCUGAUAUGAAUGCUAGGAACAUGAGGAUCAACAGUAGAGCAGCUGAAAGUUCUGAGCAUCAGAUCUCUGUGUUUGGCAUGCCCCUGCCCUGGACCACGGUCAGAACAUGAUGACCCAUCCUCAACACUCCUGAUGCCAUGGAGCAUCUCACCAGUCCCUAGCUGGAGAGGUUGGGACCCAUAGUUACACAUGUAUUGUAUGUUCUAUUGAAUUCUGUGUUGGGACCUUGAAGAAGCCAGAGAAUUGCACUUGGUAAAUUAGGUGGGAGGAGUAUUACGAAUAUGCAAACUACUCCAAAGACCAUGACUUUGAAGACUAUACUAUGAAUCGUGUCAUCUGUAUUUUGAAGGAUUAUAAUGCACUCAGGGUAGUGAAUGUAUAUUUGAUUCUGACAUAUUGCGUCCGUGUUUGGGGGUUGGUCUGUCUCAGAGAGAAGUUACUGUAGACUUAUCAGACCCUUCCAGAAGCUCCUCCUGUUUUGAUGUCCGUUCUUCUUAUCGCCCUCACAUGACUUUAGUGCUGUAUGUCCCUUUAUCCUUGAAUAACAACUAUCUGUGUUAAUAUGAAACCCCACUCUCCACUGCUGUUUGAUCUCUUUCUGCUUUAUCAGGUCAACUCCCAACACUGACACAAGAACCAGUUUCAAUGUAGUGUACUUGCAUCCAGGGACUUGCAGGGUAAAGUAAACUGACCAAAAGAAAUAUAGAUAACCGCACACUUGAUUGCGCCACGGUUUUACUGUGCUGUGUUUGGACCUGACGGUCUUAGUCUUCGUAAGGUUUAACCCAUGUGAAUAAUGCAGUGGUUUGGACACCAAGAACCAACCUGGAAUGUACUGGAGGCCAAAAAAACCACUCGGAACAUAUGAAGAAAGAACACCUCAAAGACAAUGGAUGUUGUUAUUGGCUUUUUGGUGACUGUGAAAUACAAUUGUAGAUGUAUCUUUUGAUGCCAUGGGAAAAUUGUUCUACUAUACAUAACUUUAAUCCUAAUAUGUUGAGAUUGCUUUAAAAUUGAUUAUGCUUCAAAGUCUUUAGCGAGCAUGUGGCCCAGCUAAUGUUGUAACAUGUUAUCAUUGUAGACUUCAAUGAGUACAUAUGUGAAAUUAACUUUUAUAAUGUAUGCAAUUCUGUGAUUUUAUAUAAAACUAUUUAAAAAAAGUGA